AUGGUAGGUAAUUGAUAAGUAGCGUUGAGAGCACUAAGUGAUGAGAAAGAUGAAAGAGAAAACAUCUGUUUCGUGUUGGCACUCUCCGGAGACCAAACAAUUUAGCAAAAUAGAUUGAGAGAGGAGAGAGCUGUUUGAUACUGCGGCCGACUCAUAGAGUUGUAAUCGAGGUCCAAUCGAGUCGUGAAGAAGUCUUCUUCUGUCUUCCGGACCUGAUUGGUUUCAGAUGGGAAGCAAAAGAGGGCGCGGCGCGGCUUCUUCGAAUCAAGAGCGCGUCCGCACACAUCUCUUCUUCGGAUCGAAAACGGAGAGGCCGCACCAAAAGCGGAAACGGAGAGCUCAAAGUAAGUUUAUUGUUUCUCAAUCACUGUACCAACUUUUGUGCUACAGAUAAACUUCACGCGACUGUGAAAGACAAAAAAGACGAAAUGGUGCAAGCGGGAGCCAGUGAGAUAGACCCUCUCCAAUGGACCGGAAAUCAAAGAGUUUUGCAUUUCGGGCCAAUGGCACAAAGGGAUCCGUACUUCUACUAUUAUCCUAAAGGCUGGGAUAUCCUGUAUCCUGCCACAUUCGGUUUCUUUCCCUACAGAACAUCGUUAGUCUGUCGUUAUCGAUUUUCUCAUUCCCUUCGUUUUCUAGGAAGUUUCGUGGCUCUUCCUCUCUGAUUUGCUGCUCUGCAUUUGGUUUUUUCCUGCUUAUCGGCGGUCUGCUCAUGUCACUUCUCGGAUACAAGUACCUCUACACCUCGCCCUUUUGGACAUGGCCUUAUGAACAGCGAAUCCGUCCCCCGCCCAUCCAGAUUGCUGGUCCCAUCCUUUUCUUCCUCGGAUCCGUCUUCCUUCUCAUUUCCUUCAUUUACUUCAUUUGCACCACAAAAUUGUGCGAUAUUUCGCUGCAUCACACGAGGAAGCACGAAGAUCCAUCACGGUUGACAACUAUAACCACUCACUACACGGUAACCUAUUUCUCUUGUCUUCCGAAUCACUUUCUCACUUUCAGCCAUUGCCUCCGAUUUUCGAAAAGGAUCCUUAUCAGCCUUUACCCCCUCCUGCCUAUCCUGUUCUUGAAAACAGACACGCAAUGACAAAUGUAGUAAAACCGCACGACGAGAAGAAGCUCUAUCCUCCUGUGUAAUUGCUAAUAUGUCACUUCUUCCCAUCCAACUCAUUUCCUUUUCAGAAUCCCUGGUUGUUCAACUCUUUCUCUCCAUCGUCGUUCUCCGAAUCACAUCUUUAUUGCCAGUCCAUACAACACUCUCCGUGCCACAAGCGUCGGGAGAUAUCAAUCGGGAUUCCUGGACACUAACUCAAUUCUUGAGAACCGAUACGGCUCAAGAACAGCUUCUGUGGCAAGUCGGAGGCAAUCGAGUGAGGCUUCCAGUCAGAAGAGGUCUAAAUCAAUGGGCCCAUUACAUCGGACGGGCUCGAAUCGGAGCAAGGGCUCCGGCCGAUCCAAAAGACGUGAGAACAGUCAGAUAUAAUUUGGAUCUUUCUAUCUUUCAUCUAUGUGCUCAAAUAAACAUUCUGGUUUCCGGCUUAAUUGAUGUCAAUGUCUGUGCGUCUUUAUCGCUGAUGACUCAUAUCUACCUAUUUUCUUUCUAACCUUUCGCUUACUGAUAACCGCCCGUUUCUCUUUUCAGUUCGUUCAAUUCGAUACUCCGCCACUAAAUACAGCAGAUUCUAGAUAAGUUAUUCUGGUUAAUUAGCAGGUAAUUUCUACAUGUUUUGAAAUCAAUUUGAACUUUAACAUUCAUUUGAACCUAAAAAACCAGACCACUAAUAAGAACAUAAAAACCAGAAAAGGAUUCGGAUUAUAUUCGCACCUCGAAAGAUGAAACUAGGCCAGAGAGUGCCAGUCGUUGUUAUUUAUUUCGCAACCAACUUUCCCUCUCUAAGUCCGCUACGCCCAUUCGUUCCCGUUCCAGUUUAGCUUCCCCCAAUCCCCUCUUCUUUUUUCCAGAUGUCGUCGGCUCCGUCGUCGUCGUCUCUGCCGGGGUGCUCUCAUGUCCGUCGUCAUGAGGACCUGCCGACGCCAAGCGCGCCUCCUUCCAAACGGAGUAAUAUGCAGCCGGAAGAGUACGAACCGAGCGCCUGGCUGCAACAACAAAUGGAGCAGGAGCAGCAGAGAAAGCUGGCGGCCGAGGAGGAGAAGCAGAAAUCUGCCCAACCGACGGAGACCGAGGAGGAGGAAGAGGUGAGGCGGCGAGACCGGUCGAUUUCGCAACGGCGGAUAAGGUGACGAAAGUCAAUCUGUCCGCAUUCACAACUGAAAAAUGUUGCCGAGAGUCGAGUUGCAGGAUGUGCUCUCGAAGCCGUGCGGACCCCACAAAAGACGCUACAACUACGUGAUGGUCCGCAAUAUCACUUUCGCCAUUCCGGAGGGAUAUGACGUCGAGGAGGGGAACAUCGAGUACUUGGGAGGCGGCUCAUUCGGAAAUGUCAUGUAAGCCCCUUUUAUGGUCAUCCCAUCUUAUUCUAUCCCUUUCAGCAAAACAAGUGCGGUGUGCCGUGAUGGAUUGAGGAGAUGGGUUGCAAUCAAGAAGAUGCGGGAGCCAUUCUACGAUCCUCAUCACGUGAGUCAUCCGCUUCUUCUGAAUGAGCCGUCGACAUUUAUUCAGGCGCGACGCAUCUUCCGCGAGAUCAAAUUGCUCCAAUUAAUGCGACAUGACAACAUCAUCUGCGCCCUCGAUCUCUACACUCCUGACGAGCAAAACGACUUCCGUGAUGUGUACGUUUUCUGAAGUUCUCCUUCUUUCGCUUAUUAUCAUCAUUUCAGCUACGUUGUCACCGAGUUUGCCGGACGCAGUCUCUACCGGAUCCUAAAGCAACAAAGAGAUUACGGAAGACGUGUGCUCACCGAAGAGCACAUCAAAUUCAUCAUUUACCAAAUCAUACGUGCACUAAAGUACAUUCAUUCUGCCAAUGUGAGCAAGUAGCCUCAAAAGCAACCAAUACGAACUUUGGUUUCAGAUAAUCCAUAGAGACUUGAAACCCGGAAACCUUGCAUUGACCGAUGAUUCCGACCUUAUGAUUCUGGACUUUGGACUCGCCAGAUCAUUGGAAAAGAAGGACACGUCACUAACCCAGUACGUUCAGACGAGAUGGUACCGCAGUCCGGAAGUCAUUUACUGGAAAAUAGACAGUUACACCAAUCUGGCGGACAUGUGGUCCGUCGGAUGCAUUGCUGCGGAGUUGCUCACUGGAGAUCCUCUUUUCCCUGGAGACGACGGUAUCUGAGUUCUCGUUCUUCCAAUUCUCAUGUCUUCUUUUUCAGUGAAUGCACAGUACCAACGCAUCACUCAAUUGUGUGGAAGUCCAGACGAAGAGCUGCUCACCAAGAUCGAAAACGAUAAUUCUUCUGCGAUGAAGGCUGUCAUCCAGUCGUACAAAUUCUACAAACGUCGCAGCUUCCGAGACUUUUUCUCUGCUCACAAUCCUUCAGAAGACUUCAUUGACCUCAUCGAGAAGCUUCUGGUACUGGAUCCUGAGAAGAGAAUAACAGUGGAGGAGGCGAUCCAACAUCCGUACCUGGCCGAGUUCUCCCUUCCAGAAGACGAGCCGAGAGCCGAUCACAUCUUCGAUUUAGACGAUUCCCAGAAGAGAACCAGAUACGAAUGGAGAGGUAAUUCCAUCUCUGCUCCGUUACCUUCUCUCUUGUUUUCAGAUGCUGUCUGGAAAGAGAUCAUGGACUACAAGCGCCUGAGUUCGUCCCCAGCGAUUCCAGGAGAGGCGGAACGCUGA